CUUGUUUCGUAUUCUAUGUCCUGUCACCACUCCCAUUAGAUUGUUUACCACAGCGCGGGAACACGUCGCUACAGCGAUCACGUGCUUACAUUUUCGAAGAAAAGUCCUGUCAGGUCUUUCAGCGUUUAAUCUGGUCACCCCUCCACUUCUUUCCAGGUGUUGGUAUUUGAAACAAACAUACCGUAAAUAUACAUUAUAUACGUUGUUACUACUUGUGAAGUGAAGUUUAAACCUCGCUUAUUUUAUCACUUGUUGCCCAGUUAGACUUUGGCCAACAUGAAAAAGCUCACUGCAGUAGACUUGGAUAAAAUCAUUAAAGAUUUCAUCCAACUGGAGCAUAAAAUAACUGCGAUGAAAGGGGAAAAUAACACUCUUGAAAUACAACUAGACGAGACCAGCAGACUUCUAAAACUCGCCCAGAACAAGGAGAAGCAGUUAAAUGAAGAGAGAGAUGGACUCUUGGAAACUGUCAAAGGCCUGCAACACAUUUUACAACAACAGUGCGACCUCAGAGUUGACAACGAGAGGCUGAAAAAUGCUGCUAUUCAGAUGAAGAAAGAAAAUGAGGCCCAACUGGAGGAAAGUAAGGCUCAGAUUCAGAGACUGGUAAAUGAGAUGAGAGCUUUAAAAGAUCAACACCAGAGGGAGUUAGACGAUCAUUACAAAGAAACACAAAGGCAAGUGGAAGAUAAAGAUACUGAACUGAAAUUGGCUCUUGAGAAAAAUGAAUCCACUUUAGUGGAGAUGAGAAAGCAGAUGAGAGAGAAGGAGAAAGAAAAGCAAUGUCAAAUCAUUAAACUUCAAAUGGAGUUUGGUGCUAAGCUCGCAAGAGCCCAGAGCAUGUCACUAAAGAGUCAGCCACAGAAACAAGCUUCAGGUCCUCUGCCACAGAAUAUCUUCAAAAGAAAGCUCCAGUUCAUUCAGGAGGAGAAAAACAAAGAGAUUGAGGCUCUGCGUCAGAGGGUGAGAGAGCUGGAACAGCAGAGCCUCCAUGGACUGAUAGACUCUCGUCAGAAGAGGAGGAAAAACUAAUGAGAUCUGCACUUUGUAACAUGUUGAGGGCAUCAUACGUCAUACAUCUGUUUGUGUUCAACUGUUUUGUGUCUUUGAAAAUUUAUUUUCCUCUCAGUAUUUUCUAAAUAUUUUUGCAUUUAGUGUUCUGUGUUGAAUUCUUAAUUUCAGUGUAGACGUUGUUGCUGUUCCAUUGUUUAGCAUUGAAAACUGUAUAGACUGGUACAGGGGAGGUCAUACAGAAGGGGAGGAUUUGGCAGGUGACAUGAACAUCCAGGGAUUAUAGCCUAGGUGUUGCUCUGUGCGGUCAGCGCACAUGUAAACACAUCCACCAUGUUCCAGAUAAAGCUUAUAAGCCCAUCAA